CCAUUGCCAACGGGGUGGAGAAGAGACCAGGGCCCUUUAGAUCGGCUUAUCGAAACCUGGAAACACAAACAAUUGUGCUAGACCAGCAUGCACCUAUUUGCUUUUCCUUGUAACCAGAGCCUGGCAGUGGCAGCCAGCCCACUCCCAUGCCUUCCUGACUCCUGGUGAGCCCUGGAGUGGUGACAGCACGUCUGCAUGGAGCUGUGCAGCUCCAGCUUGGGGCUGGAUAGGAGGAGAACAGGGCUAGCAGCACAGCAGGAAGGAAACUGCUCACACUGGGGAAAAUCACUUGGCAGCACAGUGGUCUUGCAAGGAAAUCACCCUAGCUGUGCUAUCAAACAUCUGAAAAUACUGGCUGGAAUUGAAAACAUGCCGGGGGGAACACCCACAGCAUGACCCAUGUGAGGCGGAGCAGACAGCCGGGAAUGCUGCCCCACUGCCCUGGCUGCUGGGGCAAGGGACGUGCUGGGAGGAGAGCGCUGCCAGCCACGGUGUGUCACGGCACCGGGCGCUGAUAGGAGCCAAAGGCAUUGACGUACCUCCACGGCUUUGUUGGAUGUGGUGGUAAGUGUGCCUGCCUGAGGAUGGAGCCGGGAAGCUCCUGACACUGCUGAGAUGCUGUCUCCAGGGCCACCUGGCUGGGCGUUCCGCUGCUCCAGAAUGUACCUGGCUGAGGCUUGAGUCGCUGCUGCGGGGGAGAAAGAAAAUCUGCAUCCCUGCGGUCAGAGCCAGAUGGGGGCGCAAAGAGGUUUCCCGGCCUGGGAGCCGUUCCCGGAGCAUGGGAGCACGGGGGUCCCCGUAUCGGCACGGGGACCGGUGGCACUCAGUGCUUGGUCCCUCGAGCUGCAGCCAGCGAGGAGUGGGACAGAGCUGCACAGCGCGAGCAUCUUGACAUGGCAAGCACCCAUGCAGAAGAGCCACUUGCUGAGGACACAGCCGACCAUGAUGCACACAUCUAUGAGGAGGUGAUGCUCAGUGAGAGGAUGGAGCAGAGCCAGCGGCUGGCUGUGGAGGAGCUCAUCACCACUGAAGCCAGCUAUGUGCACAACCUCCAGCUGUGCCUGUCCGACAUCCGGGCACACCUCCAGAAGAAGCAGCUGCCUGGUCUUGACCUGGAAGGACUCUUCUCUAACAUUGAUGACAUCCUCCAUGUCUCCAGACGGUUCCUGAGGGGACUUCAGGACACUGCUGCCCAGGAGCAUGAGCAGCUGCUCAGCAUCAGCACUCUGUUCCAGGAGUUCAAGGAGGAGAUGGAGAUGGUCUACAAGAUCUAUUGUGCUAGCUAUGAGCAUGCCCUCCUGCUGGUGGAGAGCUACCGCAAGGACCCCAGGCUGCAGGAGGAGAUCAUGGAGACCCUGACCACGACAGUGCCUCACACGAGCGCCUCGGACCUCAGCUUCUUCCUGGUGAUGCCGGUGCAGAGAGUCACCAAAUACCCACUGCUGCUGGGCAAGAUCCUGGAGAACACCCCUGCCAGCACCAGCACUCAUGCGGCCCUCGCUGCAGCCGUGCGUGCCAUGACCCAGGUCAAUGCCAACAUCAACGAGUACAAGCGGCGCCGGGAAGUGGCCACCAAGUACAACAAGGCUGAGCAGCUGACGCUGCGGGACCGCUUCGCUCGGCUCAACACCCACUCCAUCGCCAAGAAGACCACGCGGCUGAGCCGGCUCCUCAUGCACGAGGCCGGCAUCGUGGCCAAGACAGAGGACAAGGAGUAUGAUGACCUGGAAGAGAAAUUCCAGAGCGUGGCAUCCAGUGUGGCUGCACUGAAGGAGAACGUGGCAUCCUACCUGAAGCACUUAGAGGCGUUCCUGCUGCCCACCCCACACAGGUGUGAGCUGCAGAUGGAGGAGGGCCCUGCCCAGCAGUACCGCCGCCUCGCAGAGCACCUCCACUGCGCUGUGUUCCCGGAGUUUAGGCGCCGCCUGGACAGGCUGGUCUGGCAGCCCCUCUGCAGCCUGGCAGAGAUGCUGGUGGGGCCGCAGCAGCUGGUCAAGAAGCGCCUGGACAAGCUGCUGGACUACGAGGAGAUUCAGGAGAGGAAGAGCGAAACGGGCAGCGUGACAUAUGAUGAGGAAGCAGCCAUGAACACCUAUCUGGCCAUCAAUGCCCUGCUUGUGGCUGAGCUCCCGCGCUUCAACCAGGUGGCCAUGCAGCUCCUGGGACAGCUCCUGGGCUCCUUCUGUGUCCUGCAGCAGGACUUGGCCGCAGAGGUUCUGCACGAGACUAAAAAGGAACUAGAGCAGAUGCCCCAUGGCCACAUGCUGCUGCCCGCUUUCUGGAGGAUGGUGGAGGACACCCUGCAGCAGUCAGGAGUUCAGCUCUGUACCUUCAUCCAGGCGUUUGAGACUGUCACACCAAGCCCUGUGCCACAGCCCCUGAACUCUGCUGAGGAGCGGAAGGUCCUUUCCCUUGUGAGCAAACACGGCCCAGACAAACUUUACCAAGUGACAAGCAACAUCAGUGGCAGCAAAGACAUGGACCUGACUUUGCAAAGAGGGCAGAUUGUGGCUCUGCUGCAAAGUGUGGAUACUAAAGGCAACAAGGGCAGAUGGCUGGUGGAUGCUGGAGGUCCCCGAGGAUUUGUGCCUGCUGCCAAACUCCAGCCCUAUUGCCUGGGACCAAGCCAGCAGCCCAGGAUGCAGAUGUCAGCCCUGGAGAGUGGCACAGAGAGAAGGCGACAUUCUUAUGUGUCACCUGAAGCUCCUAAACCCCAGGUGGCCACGUUCACCCCAGCUUUCCAGGUGGUUGCUGGCUUCUCCUUCACAGCACGCAGCCCACAGGAGCUCAGCCUGCAGGCAGGGCAGCCCGUAGUGGUGCUGGAGCCGCACGACAAGAAGGGCAGCACCGAGUGGAGCCUGGUGGAGGUGAACGGGCAACGGGGCUACGUGCCCUCCAGCUACCUGCUGACAGUCCCUGUGCAGGAGCCCGUGGGCUGGAGUCUGCCCGUGUGAGCAGCACCAGCGCAGCACCCGAUGGCUUCGUGCUGCUCACGGAGGAGAGCUGUCCGAUUGGCACCCGAUGAGCUCGUUGCUGAGGGAGUGGCUGCACAGCCCUGGCCUGGAGAAGCAGCAGAAUGUGGCCCAGGGGCUGUGGGUCCGCGGUUGCAGGUGGGGAGAUGUGCUUUGUGCCGCUGUGCACAAGGGCAGGAAGGUGCGAGGGUGCCACGUCCAUGUGCGUUUGCUUCUUGCUGGGCAGCAUGGAGAGAAGACUUGGGAUGGAGUGACAUGUGGCUGCAGCUCUGCAGGGAUUCGUUUUGGUGAGAAAGAGAAAAGUAGUGGUGAUUAGAGAACCAUCCCUGAGUAAAUCACGUCUGAGCUGCAAAGGCUGCAGUGCUGCAAACGGGGCUCCAGCCUGACACGUGUCUCUUGGAGACGUGCUCUCCGCAGAACGGGUGGGGUGACGCUCCCCUGUGCGCACCCACACGGCCCAGCGCCAUCUGGGCACUGCGCUGUCCCCGAGGCCAGCGCUCCGUCACCUCUCGGCCACCAAGCCCUGCUGCUGGGCCCUGCACUGCGGUGCGGUGCUGCCGAGGGCCGCUGACGCUCCCGGCGCGAGAAGCGCUCUGUGUGCGACCGCGGCU